AGCUAGCUAGCUUAGCUUAGCGCGCUAGAUAGCAGUUACCCUUGCAGCGUAUGGCAUAUGAUGAUGGACCUACGUUUAAUAUUGUUUAUUGGAAGCCUUUUCCUCCUUUUAUCUCCUGACCUAUUUCAGACAAUUCUUGCCCAAGAACAAUACGAUGUGAGGCUGGUGGGAGGAUCAACUGCUGCUGAAGGUCGAGUGGAGAUCUACUACCGGUCAUCGUGGGGUACAGUAUGCGAUGGUACAUAUACAUGGGCCAGAGAGGAGUCACAGGUGGUGUGUCAGCAGCUGGGUUACUCUGGAAAUGCAGAAACUCACGCCAAGGCUGCCUUUGGUCAAGGAACCGGAACAAUCUGGUUAGACGACGUGAAUUGUAUUGGGGGCGAGACGUCGUUGUCAUCGUGUACCCACCGCAACUGGGGAACCAACAACUGCAGUCAUGCUGAAGAUGUAGGGGUCAGAUGUCAGACAAGUGAUGUUACCGAUGGAUCGCUGAGACUCGCUGGAGGAGCAAGGACGAAUGAGGGACGGGUCGAGAUUUACCACAAUGGCCAAUGGGGCACUGUAUGCGACGACAACUGGGAUACUACUGAUGCCAACAUAGCCUGUCGGCAGCUAGGCUAUAAGGGAGUCGAUGUAUUAAUCAACGGGGGUUCCGGGUUGGGGCCAAUCUGGUUGGAUGAAGUGACUUGUUUAGGCUCGGAGUUUAGGCUUUCUUCAUGCCCCCAUAGUGGUUGGGGAGUCAAUAACUGUAGUCAUUCCGAAGAUGCAGGAAUGCGAUGCUCAUCCUUAAUUUUUAUCGAUGGAUCGCUGAGACUGGCUGGAGGAGCGACCACGAAUGAGGGACGGGUCGAGAUUUACCACAAUGGCCAAUGGGGCACUGUAUGCGACGACAGCUGGUAUUAUACUGAAGCCGACGUAGCCUGCCGGCAGCUAGGCUUCCCGGGAGUCGACGUAUUAAUCGACGGGGGUUCCGGGAUGGGGCCAAUCUGGUUGGCUGGAGUGAUUUGUUUAAGCUUCGACUUUAGGCUUUCUUCAUGCUACCAUAGUGCUUGGGGAGUCAAUAACUGUGGUCAUUCCGAAGAUGCAGGAGUGCGAUGCCUAACUGCAGCUGUUAACAAUGGAUCGCUGAGACUCGCUGGAGGAGCGACCACGAAUGAGGGACGGGUCGAGAUUUACCACAAUGGCCAAUGGGGCACUGUAUGCGAUGACAACUGGGAUACUACUGAUGCCGCUGUAGCCUGCCGGCAGCUAGGCUACGUGGGAGUCGACGUAUUAAUCGACGGGGGUUCCGGGUUGGGGCCAAUCUGGUUGGAUGAAGUGACUUGUUUUGGCUCAGAGGUUAUGCUUUCUUCAUGCCGCCAUAGUGGUUGGGGAACCAAUAACUGUGUUCAUUCCGAAGAUGCAGGAGUGCGAUGCUUAUCCUCAAGUGUUAACAAUGGAUCGCUGAGACUCGCUGGAGGAGCGACCACGAAUGAGGGACGGGUCGAGAUUUACCACAAUGGCCAAUGGGGCACUGUAUGCGAUGACAACUGGGAUACUACUGAUGCCGCUGUAGCCUGCCGGCAGCUAGGCUACGUGGGAGUCGACGUAUUAAUCGACGGGGGUUCCGGGUUGGGGCCAAUCUGGUUGGAUGAAGUGACUUGUUUUGGCUCAGAGGUUAUGCUUUCUUCAUGCCGCCAUAGUGGUUGGGGAACCAAUAACUGUGUUCAUUCCGAAGAUGCAGGAGUGCGAUGCUUAUCCUCAAGUGUUGCCGAUGGAUCGCUGAGACUUGCUGGAGGAGCGACCAUACAUGAGGGACGGGUCGAGAUUUACCACAAUGGCCAAUGGGGUACUGUUUGCGAUGACAACUGGGAUACUACUGAUGCUGACGUAGCCUGUCGGCAGCUAGGCUACGUGAGAGUCGACGUAUUAAUCGACGGGGGUUCCGGGUCGGGGCCAAUCUGGUUGGACGAAGUGGCUUGUGGUGGCUCGGAGGCUAUGCUUUCUUCAUGCUACCAUAGUGGUUGGGGAACCAAUAACUGUGGUCAUUCCGAAGAUGCAGGAGUGCGAUGCUCAUCCUCAGAUGUUACCGAGGGAUCACUGAGACUCGCUGGAGGAGCGACCAUAUAUGAGGGACGGGUCGAGAUCUACCACGAUGGCCAAUGGGGCACUGUAUGCGACGACAACUGGGAUACUACUGAUGUCGAUGUAGCCUGCCGGCAGCUAGGCUACGUGGGAUCAGUAGCAUUAAUCGACGGGGGUACCGGGUUGGGGCCAAUCUGGUUGGAUGAAGUGGCUUGUGAUGGCUCGGAGGUUAUGCUUUCUUCAUGCUCCCAUAGUGGUUGGGGAACCAAUAACUGUGGUCAUUCCGAAGAUGCAGGAGUGCAAUGCUUUUCUGCAGCUGAUUUAGAAAAGACAUUGAGACUCUCCGGUGGAGCGGAUGAAAAUGAGGGGCGCAUCGAAAUUUUCCAUGCCGGUGAGUGGGGCACCGUUUGCGACGACAGUUGGGACAUCCAGGAUGGAGUGGUAGCUUGCCGACAGCUUGGCUACUUUGGCGUUGACACGGUGUACGACGGAGCUCAUUUUGGCGAGGGUUCCGGGACUAUAUGGCUUGAUGAUAUGCAGUGCAGGGGCACGGAGGACAGGUUGAGUGUUUGCUCUGGAGGAAGUAGUUGGGGAGUCCAUAACUGCAGUCAUGCAGAAGAUGCCGGAGUGAGGUGCUUAUUGACUUCGGAUGCAGGUAACGGAGAAGUGCGAUUGGUUGAUGGCCCCUCAGAACGGGAAGGGCGCCUAGAGAUCUUCCACGCCUUUCAGUGGGGCAGCAUCUGCGACUACAGCUGGGAUAGGGCGGAUAGCGAAGUGGUCUGCGGGCAGUUGGGCUUCUCUGGGAAAGCGGAUUACUUCACCGCCAAUCAGAAGGGGUAUGGUAUUUUGGAGGGCCAGAUUUGGCUCGAUUCCGUGUCGUGCGAUGGGUAUGAAGUGCGAUUGGAACACUGCGAUCACAGCGGCUGGGGAGUACACGACUGCACACAUUCAGAAGAUGUCGGUGUAGCAUGCCACGCCACAGGAAGAGGUGGUGGCUUAUCAGGAGGGGCAAUAACUGUAAUCGUCAUUGGAUCAUUAUUUGGAAUAAGCUGUUGCUAUCACCGUUGUUGUAAAGGGGAUAAGAAGAAACCACCAAACAAUGUGCAGAUAACAACCCAAACAAGAAUCGAAGGACCUCUGGAGUCGGGAGCUAUGCUAAGAGUCGAGGAUGGGGACAACAUCCCUCCAGCCACUGCUGUCGAUCCUGACCCCGGUCAACCGGACCUCCCACCACCGUCGUACGACGAUAUCACCAAGUAUUCGCCGUAUGGUGGGCUAGGACCGGAGGGGGCAUACCCUCCACCAGCAUCGGUACCAGCAUACCCCUCUGCACCCCCCUCCUCCAUGCCCUACCCACCACCAUCUACAAGUGCUUCCGUUACAUAUCAUUUUCCUCCUGGUGAUUCGGGUGCGGUCCUGACUGCACCCCCUGCUUACUCCGACAGCUAAUCCUCUUCCGGUGUCACAUAUCGAGGGUUGGUGACACAAAGACGUAACUCGCCAAAAUGAGUAUUUGAUAUCAAAAUGUUCAGAAAAAUGUGGGCUUUCCAGGAAACACAAAGACUUUACUCCACCCGACAACCCAUUUAAGUCAAUGGCUAGUGAACAUAAACUUAACUCCUCAAGGCCCAAGUGCUCAGUGACACAUAAACCACUUUUUCUCAAAAUGGCCAAAAUAGAGUUACGUCUUUGUGUCACUGACCCCUCGAUAUCAAAGUAGAUGCAAUUCCUUAUGACUAAAGGAAGGUUUUCUAUAUGUUUUUUUUAUGCAAAUGAUCAUCUUUUACCUGUACUGUUCAUUAUGUACUCGGUUGAAGCCAGUGUACCUGAAGAUUCCCAAGUUUUAUUGGGUUGUUUAUAUUAUGUAUCUGUCCAACAUGAGAAACUUAUCUUUUGUCAGAUUGCAAGUUCACUCUGAUAUCUUGUACAUGUAUGUCAUUCAUGUAAUAAAAAGGUUAAGAACGUAUCGGAGAAAGGAAAAUUCAAUCUGUGAGAAAAAAAGUAAAUUUUAAAAGUUGCAUUUUAUCAAACAAAGCUGUUGUAAUAUGUUUUAUGACUCGGUGAAAUGAUAGAGUCUGGCAGUCGAUGUAGUUACUGAUUAGUAGCCAUAUUGUAAGACCCUUUAUUUAUGUAUCCUUCCGCAUAGCUCGGCGUGGUAUUUACAUAUCAUAUCUCAUGUUAAUGUAGUUCCAAGUGGAUAUACAACAAAAGCAGCCAUCCAUUUUUUAUAUUUAUUUUAUUUGUAUUCAUUUAUUUAUUUUUAAACUGAGAGAUUAAAAGAAAUACCAUUUUCUUUGUUCGCAAUGAAGCGAAUGUAGCCAGGACUCUGUAGAGGAUUGAGGGGUUUGUAAAAACAUGUCAUAAUAGGUUUGAACAAUCAUUUCUUGAAAGAAAACUCUUGAAAAAAAAAAUGUACAACUUCUCACAAAGGAAACCGAAAUGUUACAACAUCCAAACUCAUCCUUUGUCAGAUUUUCCUAAAACUUUCUGAUUUUUUCCCUCUCAUUUCUUUGCUUCAAUCAAACGAAACUUAAUUUAAGAAAUGACUUCCCCUUUAGAUGUCCUUACAAAUUGUUAUGAAUCUUGCCAGAAAGAACAAAAGAUAGACAAAUUGAUUUGUUAUUUUAAUAGGUAUAUAAAUUUAAUUCUAAUUUUAUAUCGGAGCUUCCAGGUCUCUCAGGAGCUUCCAGGUCUCUCAGGAGCACGAGAAAGAGCAAUUUUUUUAUUUUUUUGUAGGUUCCAUUUAUAUGGCUUCUAGCAUUUUAAACUCCUUUACUGUGUGUGAUAUUCCUUGCUUUACAAACAUUAGAUCUGCUUACAAUUUUAUUUUAGUUAUAUUUGUUUUACAUUUUUACAGAUUUACUGUAUUUUAGCCUGAUUUGAUGAGUGAAUUUGUCAUGAUCAAAUAUUUCAUAGAACUUUUUGUUACCCAUGAACAUCAUUACUGUUUGCAAUUUCUAUUACCAUAUUAAUGGACAUUUAUAUAUCAAGGUUCCGACUCAUUUUUAUUACUGGUGUGUUAUGUAGAAAGAAUCUAGGCAUUUGAUUGGAAAUCGGAGCGUUUUUAGCAAUAUAUUGUGUUUACAUUUGGCUGCCCUAAAUUAUAGAACUCAUAAUUGUUACAUAUGGGGUUAUGUAAAACAAUUUAUUCUAACAAAAACAAAAAUCUUAUUUGUUUGUUUGUUUGACCUGACUGCUAAGAAUUCAUGUUUAUGCUUUGUAGUAAGCAGGGGACCGACGACUUUAAGUCCUUUCUGAGAGACUUCCCAAAGGGCAUUAGGGCAUCGACUGUGUUUCGAACCCAGCACCUUCAGGUUAGGAAACCCACACUCUUCCACUGAGCCAUUGUGCCUCCCUUCUUCCUUUAUUGAAAUAAAGCUUCGCAGCCAGUACUAAAAACUGGCCUUAAGUUAAUAGCAAGCGAGAACCUUUAAAGCCCCAAUGUACGAGUUUGGCCAGGAGGGAUUAGACCUCCCUACAUGGUCACUGACAGCUGGUUUUCUCAUCAAAUAAGCUUUCAACUAACAUAAGAAAAAGGGGAUCAUGGGGAACCAACGGUCACCGAUUAGGCAUUGUUUGCUAUAUAGAGGGCGCAAGUAGCUAUAAGUAGUGCAGCGGGCCUUAAAAAAAAAUGUGUUCAGCAAGAAUGCAUAAAAUAAACCACAACUUUUCUUAGCAGGUUUCUUAUGUGCUAACGGAGAAGGGCCGGUAUUCAAUUCAAUACUUAGAAUAAGUAAGAAAUUUACUAAGUAAAUGGCUAAGCUAAGAAGUUUACUUAUCUCGUAUUCAAAUCGCAUUCUAGACUUUUACUUACCUGAGACAAAAUCUAAGUAAAAUACUUACUCAUAAGCAUUGUGACAUCACAGGGUCAAUCAAAAGUAAUGCACAAUAAACGCGUCACAAUAAAUGCGCGCUAAUAUAAUCGUGCACAGGUUAUAAUACUGCAUAAGAAAACCAUAUGCCUGCCAAUCAAGGCCUCCAAAUAAUUGGCUUAAGUCUGGUAGGGAGCUGUCUUAAAUGUAGGGUAAAAUACUUAGCCAAAAGUUUGAAUUGAAUACCAAAAUUGGCUAAGUAUUGUAUCUAAGCUAAAUACUAAGUAAAGAGCUUAAAUUUUGUACAGAAUUGAAUACAGGCCAAGGAGUAUACAGUAAAUAAAGGAUACCGGGGUAACCUAAAACCUCCCUCACAGAGCCGAAGUCUGACUUGGUACCCUACAGGCUCUUUUUCUGUGGUGCGAAACUUGCAAUAUCUCUAUGUAGAAGUAGUAUUUAAAGCUUUUAUUGUGAAUAAUUAUGUAGCAUAGUGACAUUAAACCUCUAACAUGUAAAGUGAAAUAUAUUUUUUUAAUGUUUGGUGGAUUUGAAGUUUGUGUAGAGACUUAAACUGCCGUCAUGUGCAAUUCCGGUAGAGAUGAAAAACGAAACCCUGCUAUCUGUUUUAUAUUAUAUGCUUGUUGAUGUCACUGUCUUUUAUGCCAACUGUAUAAAAAUGAAACAUUUGUGUAACCUUAACCAUGUUGUCAAUUGUAAUACGAUUUAAGAUACUAGUAAUAUAUAUGGAUGUGAUGUCUACAUUUUCCACUUUGGCCUCCGACAUCAAGCGACUCACUGCUUUCGUCAUUGAGCGCCACACAUCUCUUCUCUUCUCUUCUAUUCUCGCCCGAGAGCUCCAUCUACAUUCGUCAUCAUCACGAGCGCCGGCGACGACAUCGCGUUCUUCACGGUUCUUCAACCACGUCAACGAAGUCACGUUUCCGCCAUCAAGCCUCCGCACAUUUCAUCGCGUGAGCCCCUUCCUUCGUUCUCAACUCUCUUCAUCUUCAUUGGACUUUCGACUUCAUUUCUACUAUUGUCGUAAGCUCUAUUUAUGUACAUCGCAUUUAUAUUCACGUUCAUUAUCCUCAUUGAUCAUUAUGUAAUCUCCGUGCAAUAUUCACAUUUACCAUUUAUGCAUUUUCAUUCCGAUUCUUCGGCUUGUGCUUGGCUACACUUUGCAAGUGUACGGCCAGCCUCAUCAGUACCCAAUAAACAUAACGAAAAGGGAA